AUGAGAUAUUUAGAUCAAAAUAUACAAUAUGAGUGUAAAGAUAGACUAAGAAUGGGUAAAAUAACUGAUGGUGGAUGGGAUGUUUGUGCAGAUGAACCUUACAGACCAACUAAAGAUGGUUUCGUUUAUUCUUUUGGAAUUAAUAAUGAUUUUAGUUUUGAUGAUGCUAUUUCUAAAAAAUAUGAUAUUCCAGUAUUUUCCUUUGAUCCUAGCAUGAAUACAAAAGCUCACAAUAGAAGUAACUUAGUUCAUUUUAUACCUAUUGGUAUAGCAGGAACUAAUAAGGUCAUAAACAAUGGAUGGAAGGUUUUACCAUUGAGUGAUAUUUUAAAGGAUCUUGGCCAUAAAAAAGAAGACCUACAAGUGUUAAAAAUGGAUAUAGAAGCAUGGGAAUGGGAUACUAUUCCUAAUCUAAUUCAAACUAAUUCAAUAUCCCAUAUAAAACAAUUGUUUGUUGAAUUUCAUACUGAUAAAAGUUGUUCAUUAUCUAAACCUAAUAAGUGUACUCAAUAUAUCUCAGGUUUAAAAAUAUUCCAUGAUUUAUAUGAAUUAGGCUUUCGAAUAUUUUGGACUCAUAAAAAUCCAGCAUGUUUAUUCAAAUCAAAAUUCACAGGUGAAGAACUCACUUUUUGUCAUGAAAUUUAUUUUGUUAAAGUUUCAUAA